AUGAGUUUCAAUGUUGCAUUCCUCAAUGCAGCAGGCAUGACGCCUGUGCCCUUACCUGGGCAGCAUCGGACACCCCGACAACCCAAAACUCAACAGAGGCAUUCAACGCCAGGUCAAAUACCUCGUCGCUCCAAUUCAGCAUCGCCGGCAAAUGCUCCCAACACGAGCUCCAACCCGCAUCGUCGCUUGGGCCAUUCGCGCACGUCGAGUGGCAGCCAGGCGAGUCGCUCCUCUCACGAGACGUCCCUGGUAGCGGACCGCCCCGCCGCUGCCGCUGCCGCGGGGCACCACAUGCACAAAUCAGCCGCCGACCCUCCAAUCCACCAGCAGUUUCAUCCCCCUUCUGCUUCUGCUACCCUCACCUCUUCUUCAACAUCGACAGUCGGUGCUUCCAGCAAAUCCAGCUCCCUCAAACCGCACCGACAUCGCCAUUGGCACACCGCGGAUGGGCUGCAUGGAGUCGACGUAAGCAAUGCUUCUUCCUCCCAGCCUGCGCUCUUCGCCGGAUACUUCAUGUCGCCUCCUAAUGCCCAUUCUCCUAACCACUACCGGCAGAUGAACGUCCCCGCCCUUAGUGCUGAGUCGGUCUCAUCCGCCAGCGGCACAACCUCUCUCUCAGCUCGAACCACCAUGACGUCGGAUAAUCAAGCGUCGGGCGACAAUCUGUUGUUGUCCAGGCCCUUUGUCCAGCGAAAUGGACGGACAUACCUCAACGACACAUCGCUGCCCUACCCCUUGCCGUCAGACCUGACCGAGCUCCAUCGUCAAUCGCUGCGAACACUGCUUCUGAUCCAGCUCUUCGGAGCUCCAGUGUGCUCACCGUCUUUGACUAAGAAGCCGCCACAGCGGGUGCUUGAGGUUGGGUGCGGCUCCGGGUUUUGGAGCAUGAUGUGCCAUAGAUACUUCAAGGAAAGGGGACACCGCAACAUCUCUUUCACAGGCAUUGACAUUGCUCCUCUUUCGCCGGGAAGCGCGAACGUCGCGGCCGACACUACGAAACCUGAUCGAGAUAUGAAAUGGAAAUUUGUCAAUCAUGACCUGCGCCAAUUGCCUUGGCCAAUACCCUCUGAAGAGUAUGACUUGGUCAUGGUCAAAGAUAUGAGUCUUGCCACUACCAACGUACAGAAUCAACACUUCAUUGACGAAUAUUUACGACUACUGCGACCCGGGGGCACACUGGAAAUUUGGGAGUCUGACCAUCUGAUUCGCAUGCUGAGACCUCACGUGCCUGGGUCUGCAACUACGGCCGAUGAUGCGGACGAGCAAGAGGCGGCUUCGAGCCUCGGCGCAUACGUAAUGUCAUCCAACACGCCGCUGUCCGCCCCUUUGAACAAUUUCAUCGUUGAGUACAACACCUGGCUGACACGGGCACUGGAGAGUCGAGAUCUCAGUGCAGUGCCCUGUACUUUGAUACAACCGAUACUGUUGCAAGAAUCCGAGACUGUCACAGAGGUCAAGUCAAGGCGAUUGGCAAUCCCGCUGAGUGAAGUGCGAUGGGAACGUGAAGGUGUUGGCGGCGUUGUCACUCGAGAUGGCAAGCAGACCGGGGAUUCAAGGGCCAAAGACCAGAAGCCAGAACGCACGCUCACAGCUGGCCAGACAGCACUCAGGAAAACCGCACUGCUUACCGUUGUUCAACAAGUGCAGGCACUUGAACCAAUUUUGAGGGAAGAGAGUGGCAAAAGCCAAGAUGAGUGGGAUGUAUGGCUUGGAAAGAUGAUGAGCGACUUGAUGAGCGAAAGCGGUACCAGCUGGGGAGAAUGUCUCGAGGUUGGAGCGUGGUGGGCGAAGAAGAGGAAACGAAGUCAAGACUUGUAA